UUUGUUUAUUUCAGAUUACUAUUUACAAUGGACACUUUGAGUCAGAUCCACUUUAUUUUGAAAUGACAACCAGAUAUAAUUCUGAUGCCCUGAUUAUAUUUUUGGCAUUCCUUAUUAUUGUGACAACUUUGGCCUUAAUCAUCGUUCUGUAUAAAAUCUAUGACCUUAACAAAGAAAAAUCAAGAGAUUCAGAUGAAUCUGUGAUGCUUGUUGUUCCAGAUGAUGAAAAGCAGCUGAUGAAUAUAGAGCCAAUUCCUGCAGAGUUGUUAUGGGAAACCUAUAAGAGAAAGAUAGCAGAUGAAGGAAGACUUUUCCUGGAUGAAUUUCAGAGCAUCCCCAGAGUUUUCAGUAAAUUUUCUAUAAGAGAUGCACGCAAGUCUUACAAUCAGAACAAGAACCGCUAUGUUGAUAUCCUCCCUUAUGACUACAAUCGUGUGGAGCUUUCUCCAGUCAUCAGUGAUCCAGGUUCCGACUACAUAAAUGCCAGUCAUAUUGAUGGUUUCAAAGAACCAAGAAAAUACAUUGCUGCCCAAGGUCCCAAAGAUGAGACAAUGGAUGAUUUCUGGAGAAUGAUCUGGGAGCAAAAGGCAACAGUUAUUGUCAUGGUGACUCGCUGUGAAGAAGGAAACAGGAACAAAUGUGCCAAAUACUGGCCUUCCAUGGAGGAGGAGACUGCCUCUUAUGGGGACAUCAUUGUGAAGAUAAGUAACUGCAAAGUGUGUCCUGACUACAAUAUUCAGAAACUGCAUAUCACACAUAGAAGAGAAAAAACAGCUGCAAGAGAUGUGACCCACAUUCAGUUUACAAGCUGGCCUGAUCAUGGAGUACCUGAUGAUCCACAUCUUCUUCUUAAGCUACGGCGCCGAGUUAAUGUUUUAAGCAAUUUUUUUAGUGGCCCAAUAGUAGUUCACUGCAGUGCUGGUGUUGGGCGCACUGGAACCUAUAUUGGAAUUGAUGCCAUGCUAGAGGGACUGGAGACUGAAGGAAGAGUGGAUGUUUACGGUUAUGUUGUAAAGUUACGACGGCAGCGAUGCCUCAUGGUUCAAGUGGAGACACAAUACAUCUUGAUCCAUCAAGCUUUGGUUGAGUAUGUCCAAUAUGGUGAGACAGAAGUCAGCAUCCCUGAACUGCACAACCACCUUAAUAAUUUGAAAAAAAGUUAUCCACUCAAUGAGCCUUCUCUUUUGGAAGCAGAAUUCCAGAGACUGCCUUCAUAUAAGAAUUGGCAGACACAGAGAGCUGGCAACAGAGAGGAAAAUAAAAGUAAAAACCGGAGCUCAGUUAUCCCAUAUGACUAUAACAGAGUAUUAUUUAAACAUGAAGAGGAGGGGGAGAGGGAGAGUGAACUUGAUUCCAAUUACUCUUCAGAUGAGGACAGUGACUGUGAGGAGUCUGACAAGUAUAUCAAUGCUUCCUACAUAAGUGGCUACUGGCUUCAAAAUGCAAUGAUAGCAACACAAGGGCCGCUGCCAGAAACCAUUAGUGACUUCUGGUCCAUGGUCUACCAGAGAAAAGUGAAAGUUAUUGCUAUGUUGACUGAGCUGAAAGAUGGCACUCAAGAACUAUGUGCACAGUACUGGGGGGAAGAAAAACAGACCUAUGAUAAUCUCACUGUUGAACUGAAAGACACCAACUGUUCUUCCAGCUAUACCAUUAAUGUCUUUGAAUUAACACACAUGAAGAGGAAAGAAACCCGAGAAGUGUAUCAGUAUCAGUACCAUAAAUGGAAAGCCUUUAGUCACCCUGAAUCUCCCCAAGACUUCAUCGCCAUGAUUCAGAGUCUCAGACAGAAGCUUCCAGCACCGCCGAUAUCAUCUGAAGCAAAUCUGUACAACAAGAAUGUCCCAGUUGUUGUUCACUGCCGUGAUGGUUCCCAGCAAACAGGAAUAUUGUGUGCCUUGCUGAAUCUCUUGGAUAGCGCAGAGACAGAAGGUGUAAUAGAUGUUUUCCAAGUUGUGAAAUCUCUUCGUAAAGCCAGGCCAGGAAUGGUGUCCACUUUUGAAGAUUACCAGUUUCUGUAUGAUGCAGUUGCUAGGGUGUACCCUGCCCAGAAUGGACAACUGCUAAAAAACAAAUCUCAAGAACACAGAGUUAAUAUUCACCAAGAGUCAGAGGAAGAAGUGGACGCCAACUCUAGUACAAAAGAUGUCUCCAUUCUGGUUCAAGAAAAUGAGAAUGAUGCGAAGUUGGAGGAAGAUUCCAAAGUCAUAGCCAGCUCUAGGGAAGCAGAAAGUGCUCUGAAUGGACCCACCACUCCAGUUUUAAUGGAAACCGUCUAG